AGCAACAAGCUCUACCCGAGCAUGAUGGGUUUUGGAUGGUGUGAUUCCGCUGCAGAUAGGGAGACUCAGACAGUCCCAUUCCAGAAACAUGACUACAUACAUACGUGCGUACGUACUUAGUCGCCGACGACGACGGACGCUACAUACAUGGGCAGCCGUCAUGCUAAGAUGCACCCCAUGCCCCCGUUUCAGCCCAUGUUUGUCAGAUAGAAUGCAACAAUAAGAUGCCAAUCCAAGCCCGAGCGAGGGACUUGGGGUUCGGGACGACUGCCGCCAUUUCUGGGGCCAGUCCAGUCGGUUCCUGUCUUGUCCUGUGCUGUGCUGGGGGCAGACGGGAUGAUCGGAUGCCCCGACUGACAGACUGACUGACUGACUGACUGGCAAAACACCAACGAAUGGGUUCCGUAAAGGGGCUCGGUUCUGCUGGAUGGUGCAAAGACAUGAUCUGGGGCUACCAAUGCAUGUACAUAUUCUCCAUCAGCAACGGGGACUUUGCAAGCACCUGGAGAGAGCUUGGCUUUUCCCUUUGCUUUAUAUAGAACCCGUCUCGGCAUCCGGUUAAGCGCGCACGUUCGUUCACGACGCGGGCGCAGUACAUAACUCGACGAACUAGGUAUCUGUACAGAGCUGCAUACCCUACCUACUAGGUAGAUGGAUGUGGUAGUGUGUCCUCUUUCUGAUUUCCCAGCUGGCUGCUGCUAUUCUCUCCCAAUCAUCGUCGCCGUCAUCAUCCAGCCCAGCUGUGUCCAUUCACCGUCGGCCUGCCCAUCCCUCCCUCCACCUCAGAGCCGCUUGCAAAGCCAGCAGCCACAUUCACCCUUCAUCAUCACCGUCAGUACCACGGACAUCAACGGCUCCACCAGAUCAAAGCCCUCGACAAUCGACAAUCGCUAUCGUUAUCGCCGGUCGGUGCAUAGCCACUGCACAUCAUCCUUACUUGCGCUUCAGCGCCUGAGGCUGUGCUGUGUCGCAUAUUUAGCAGCCAUUCUGCGAUUCUGCCUCGAGUCGCGUGGUGGUAAAGUUGGUUAGGCACUGGCAGACGGGCUUUCCCAUCCCGUCAUCGAUUCGACCGCUGCGUCUGUUCUGCUCUGCUCUGCUCUGCUCUGCUCUGUCUCCACCGCUAGGGCCUCCCGACCUUCACGUCACGUCACGUCGCAUCUCACGCUGGCUGGCUGGCUUGCUGCGAGUGCAACGCUUGCUUCACUUUGCCCGCAAACCAGCGUUCGCUCUUGGCAUCAGCCUCCUGUUCUCGUUCUGUGCUGGUGGUGUUGGGAAGAGGAGUCAGCCUUGACCGGUGCCUUGAUCUCUCCCUCGUUGCUGUCCACCACCAUCACUACUGCCACGGCGCCGCCUUUCCAAACUUCUUCACGGUAGCUUGGUACAACCGCCCCUACGCGCACAAGCACAUCCACCUCCCCCCCCCCCGUACACGCCCGCCCGCGCUUCCAUCCUCGUCGCCCACGACCAAGACUUCUCCCCACUUUCCACAGGCACAGGCUCUCAUUUCACCACUCCCGCUCGGUCCACCGCGGGGCAAUCUUUGGCUCCUAGCGAGCACUGCCCAGCAUCCCUGUGCAAGGCGAAUCCUCUAUUGCGACCCUUCAUCAUUGAGCAGCCUACCUACUUGUCACCGACUACUCUCACCGUGGUCCACGCUUUUUGAUCGUUGAUUUUCGCCACGCACGAAUCUAUCGUGAGCGCCAUUAUCCACCACUUCAACCUACCUCUCCGCAUAGAUCUUCUUCCACGCUGCCAGACGGCAGCACCAUGGCUCCUUGAGCACCUAACGCCCAAGUCACGUUACCUUCAACUCUUUCCGUGGGAAGAGUGAUCGACGCGGAUCCUCUGCACCGCUCGUCCAUCCGUUCCUACCUCUCUGGCCCGCACCCGAAUCUGCCUUUCGGGUCCUGUAUUAUCUAUCACGAUGCAGUCCAUCGAUACUCACCAGCAGCCUUUCAAUGGCCAACAGCGCAAGCAACCCUAUCUCGAAGAUGCAUCAAGUAACAACAUGAUGCAAAUGCCCUCUGAUAACUUCCUACUCCCUAGCAAUCAAGGCCAAUUCACAUUCUCCGCGGAACCAGAUUCCAUGCUCAAUUACGGACCAUUAGUCAACUCUAAUGGCCAAGAACAUGCCUUUACACCCAACACCAACUCCUCUUUUGAUUCUUCAUUACAUCCCGAAAUCAAUAAUCACACAUUCCCCCCGGCAAACUCUCAGAUGCAAUUGCAAAAUUACAACCUUUCGCCUGGGUCCCAUAGCCGGAAUGGAGUGAGUCUGUCACCCUCGCACUCUGUGGACCAUCUUAGCCCAGAACCUGGAUAUAUGAGCGAUUCGAGCUACAAUAUCAGUAAUAAUUAUGCGAGUCCGAGUUUCAACGGCCAAUUCCUUGAUGAUUUUUCCACUCAGCUAAACUUCGCCGAAAACCCAAACACAUACCAUCAAUACACUGGAGAGCCAGUAGACAUGUCUAUAUUGACUGGGACCUCGCUGGCUACAUUUAAUGCACAGCCACCUACGCUACCGAGCAAUGCGCAGUUGGUGUCACCAUCCCCAACCGCUAACUCCAGUCCCAUUGUGACCGAUGAACUUUCAAGGAAUGCCCAUAUAUCAGGUGUUCAAUACAUGAGUAAUGAAUAUCAACCUUCUUCCACGCCUCCCAAUCGUAUGAAUCAUACGCAACAGUUCACUCCGAGCAAGCAGCAACAACAGCAACACAGUCCUGCUUUAACAAACAGCCCGAGCAACAGGUCUCUCUCCAACCAACAGGCCCGCACGCAUCUCACCAGUCCUAUCGUCCGCGUUGAAAAUUAUGGUGGAAGAGAGUCACCUCCCUCAGAUUCGAGUCGCCCAGUGAGUAAGCGAAGUCAUGGUAGCCGACGUUCCGGAAAUCACCUGUCUCCCUACCCGAAUGACGAGUCGUCAGACGAUGGCGAAGAUUCGCACCAACCGGUGCGAAUCCAGCCUGUUGUUCGAAGCACUGAGCGAAAUGAAGACGGUUCCUGGGCUGUGGGUCAACCUGGACUGAAUCCCGACGAUCGACAAGCAUUGAACGACGCAUGGGUUCCAAGUUUGGAAGAGAUUGCCGACCAAAGACUGAAGGUAGAAAAGAAACUAGAAGUGCAUGACUGGCUCUCUAAGAGUGAGCUGGGCAGCGAAGCUGAAGACACGAACGGGUCGGAGAAUUUGUUGAAACCUGUAACCACCAGACGCCGGGCGAAAAGUACAAAUGAUGUCUUUCGCCAAGGAUUUGGCAAUGGGUACGGCCUCGGUGUGCACACUGAUCUUGACCAAGUGGACGACUCCAAUGUCCCUGGACCCGGGAUUUAUAUAAACGAAGGAAGUGAAUAUUAUGAAGAUGACGAGGAUGAGGAAGAUAUGGAACCUGAAUCACCGCCAGCAAACAUUGACAUUGGUGCCAGCCGCGCUGAUAACGAAGUUUCUGCUUUUCCAGCUUUUGACGGCGGUAUGGUUGAUGCCGUCGCACGACCUUGGAUUGACGCAGCCUCCCAACCCGCGCCAUCGUCAACGCGAUACCAACCGCCCACCUCGAAUGCAGCAAUGAUGCGCUUCCGUAGACGAGCUAAAGAUGUAGAGUCCGCCUCACUGGCUGCCACAGUCGGCUCUCGCCGACUUAGCGAGUCUGAUCUAGGCAGCAUAAGGGGUAGCAUCCGAGGCGCGCCGGGCGUGAUCAAGGUGAUUGAGCCUGAUCUGAAGAAACAGAAGGAAAGGCAGCGGCGUCCAAGUUUCCUAGAAAACAUUCUCCCUAAGCGAGCCCCCACCAAUCUCCUGAAGCGCAAGGGUAGCAUUCCGGUACCCCAAACAGCUGAUCCUGCAAUUGAAAAGGCCAAAGAAGCGGCUUUGGAGAAGCCUAAGCGUAUGGGUAGUUGGGGGCGGCCUAAGUCACCAAAAGUAGACACAAAUAUUGCAGCUCCAGUACGAGACUUCGGCCCUCCCAGCUCCACAGGUUUAUCUGCGACCAACAACAAAUGGUACCAAGGCAUUACGCGAGUUCGAAGUAAAAGCGAGCUGGGUAAAGCAGCUGGACUUGCGGAGCUCAUGACGCGACAUGGAGGCCCGCCGAUGCCAAUGCUUGCAUCGCCCAUGGCAGACACAGAAGUUGCCAAACCUUCUCCCAACCCAAGUCCGGGGGGAGAUGAUGAUGACGAUGAUGCCCAAGAAGCCGUCACGAUGGAUCUCGCGGUUCGGUCCGACCCGAUCAUCCCCACGUAUGAAGGGUUCAAGACACAUGCUCGUCAGCUCAACCCUCGCUUGACUGAGUACAUGAUAGAGCGUAUCACCCAGGAGCAGAUGAGAAGAUAUAAGCGGUUACUUGAGUUUCGCGUAAAGCAUCUCAACGCUGUAAAGAAUCGCAAUUGUCCAUCAGCGAAAUUUUGCCCAGAUCUUGGUGGGGAAUCUCAGCAGCUGCCUCCUCGAGCCGGAAACAAAGAUGUGGAUGCACCUUUUAUUGGAUUCCAGGUCACAGCCCCGGAGGCGUCUGGCGACGAUGUCGAACCUCUCCCCGAGGGGACAGUUGUCCCUGCCCAAUUUCCCUCUGGUGUGCCUCUGCCUCCCGUCAAACGUCUCCCCGCUGAGUUUGAAUGUCCACUUUGUUUCAAGGUCAAGCAAUUCUACAAGCCAUCAGAUUGGACAAAACACGUCCACGAAGACGUGCAGCCAUUCACCUGUACUUUUCCCAAUUGCGGAGAACCCAAGUCUUUUAAACGCAAAGCAGACUGGGUCAGACAUGAGAACGAACGCCAUCGACAGCUGGAGCAUUGGACAUGCCAGAUAGCAGAUUGCAACCACACAUGCUAUCGAAAGGAUAACUUUGUCCAACAUUUGGUUCGAGAGCAUAAGAUCGCCGAGCCCCGACAGCGCUCAGCGAAGGGCGCAAACAAAGACGGGUCGUCGAACACAGAUCCAGAUGAUAUAUGGGGCCUUGUAGCCAGGUGUCGGGGUGAUACUACGAAGCAACCCAAGGACGAACCUUGCCGAUUCUGUGGCAACAUCUGCACCUCAUGGAAGAAGCUGACGGUCCAUCUUGCAAAGCAUAUGGAACAGAUCAGCAUGCCGAUUCUCCCACUUGUAGAGCAGAAGCAGAUGAAUGCCGACACCAUCAUCAGUCCGGUUGUGGAACUGGCAGACAAGGGCAAACUCUCGGCAACGCCAAACAGAUCACCCGUUGACAAUCCUUCGCGAUACAUCCCCCCUAACCCAGCUACUCUAGCCCCGGGGAUCGACCCCUCGCAAUUUGCACAGUAUACACCCGACCAUGCGUCGGGCAUGUCGCCCAAUGCGAUGCAAACCUAUCCGCCCCCACAGAUGGCCCCACAGACCAGCGGCUACGCAGCCUUCGCAGCUGAGAACCCGCAGGGUUUCACUAGGACGUAUCCAGGCGUGGACCCGAGCAAAGGGAAGGGCGUUUAUAUGGACAACCUUCACAUUCCCAACCAAUCAUACAUGAACGGUAGCAUGGCGAAUGGUCCGAAUCGGUUCCCGAUGACGCCCGUGUCGGCCAUUCAACAAUAUCAGCAGCACGGCGUGUUCACCGAUUCCCCAAUCGAAACAGCACCGUAUUCUAUGGACACUUUGCGAGCGACAUACGUCCCGCAGGAGCAGCAGAACAUGGCAGGCAGCGGUGUCAGCAUGGGAUUCGACGGAGGGAUUGCGCCGCCGGUGCAAGAGCAGAGCGCAUAUCAAUCCAUGCAGUACAUGAGGGCACAGGCACGAGCGCAAGCACAGCAUCAGCAGAGAUAUUCGUUCCAAAGGCAAUGA